AUGUCGCCCAACGGCAAGCCCUCGUCCCUCCUCACUCAUUCUCCUUCACCUUCUUCUACUCGAGAGCUUCGAAGCGCGGGUUCUACCCAAGUUCCACCACUCUCUACUCAAGCGAUCUUCAAUGAGAUCGUGCGCAAGAUUCCCACAAUCAAAGAGUUCACAGAGCUCGUGCAUGAGUCAAUCCAACCCAAGCAAGGUGCUUUGAUUUGUCGUUCUCUCGCGGAGUCGAGCGUGGUCGAGUCAAGGAGCGCAAGAGUUAAUUUUAACUCUUUCACCGGAACUCUUUGGGUUCGAGUCAUGCCAACGGAACUCUAUGACGUCCCCCAGAGAUGGUUUGGUCAUGCCAGUCGCACCUGGGUCUUUGAUGGACUGAUCAACCAGUCCGAGAGUAGCCUUCUGGACAUCGGGGUAGGAACAACUUUUCGUGGUUUUGCGGGGCAAUAUACCCAUUCUUCGAAGGAGCCGGACCUGUAUUUGCGUCCAGACACAAGCCCUCUACCUCUAAUCAUUGUCGAAAGUGGCUGGAGCGAGUCAUGGCCACGCCUGCAUGCCGAUAAAGACUUAUGGCUGAACGGUUCGACUGAUGCUAAUUUGGUAAUCUUGUUGAAAUGGUCAAAGCUCUCCCGCAAUAGAGGGAAGGGCAUAGUGGAAAUAUGGCGCAGAGAUCCCGCAGGUGGUCUGACACCGAUCUUCCCUGUGCCUGUUCCGGCUCCUGCUCCUGGUGCUGAUCUAGUCCAAUUUACUAAGCUGGACCUCUUUGGGCAACAAAUGGUUUCCGGUCAAGACCCCAAUGCUGUUCUUUCUUUGAAACUGUCGGACCUACGUGAUUUUGCGCGCGAGCGGAUGGCGCAGAUGGGAUUGACACCCGCAUGA